AUGUCGUCCUUCUUUACGACCCCGGCGUCGCAGCGGAAAAGAAAGCGCUCGCAGACCUCCGCCCAAGCCCCAGAAAAACGCAAUCGCAAGCACCGCGAGGACUCCAUCUCUAGUAGCGAUUCCGAUGACAACCAAGAGAGCCGGCCGCGCGACAACGAAGACCAUGAGAGUGACCACUCCUCAGACGCCGACGACGAAACCGCCGCAGAACGCCGUCUGCGUCUUGCCGAGCGCUACCUGGAGAACAUCCGCGAAGAAGUCGACGAGGCCGGGUUUGAUGCGGCCGAAAUCGACAAGGACCUGAUCGCGGAACGGUUGAAAGAGGAUGUCGCCGAGAGCAAAGGCCGCGUUUACCGGCGCAUAGCGUCGAGCGUCGAUUUCCCCUCCGCGACCCAUGCUUUCUUCCGUAGAGACAACCAUGCCACUACAGCAAUCGCAACACACCCCCCCUACGCAUACACGGCCACCAAGGACAUGUGCCUCAUCAAGUGGUCGAUACCUUCUCCGCUAGAUCCCUCCAUCCAACACCCUUCCAACCUGACUCCUCGAACCACGCCUUCCCAGGUUGUUUGGACCAAGGGCAGCAAAAACUACGCAAAGGACCCAACCUACCAACAUCACACCGGACCCAUACUAUGCGUAGCCGUCUCUCCAGACGGCAAGUUCGUCGCGACUGGCGGAGCGGACAAGAAACUGAUCGUCUGGCGGGCCGAGGAUCUCACCCCUCUGAAGGUCUUCACGCAACAUCGGGAUGCGGUUAUUUCUCUCGCCUUCCGGCGCGGCAAGAACCAGCUGUUCAGCGCAAGCGCCGAUAGGACAAUCAAGACGUGGAGCUUGGACGAGCUCGCUUACGUCGAGACGCUUUUCGGACAUCAGGACUCGGUGAUAGAUAUCGCCGCACUUGCGCAGGAGCGGUGUGUGAGCGUGGGCGCGCGGGACCGUACGGCAAGAUUAUGGAAGGUGGUCGAGGAGUCACAGCUCGUCUUCCGCGGCGGCGGGUCGAGCGUGACCAAGACCAACCGCUCGGACGGAAACAGCAACAGCGCAAAGAGCGGCGGCUUCGUCGAGGGCAGCAUCGACCGCGUUGCGCUCGUCGACGAGGAGACGUUCGUCACGGGCAGCGACAACGGGGCCAUUUCGCUGUGGUCAAUCCACAAGAAGAAGCCCGUCUUCACCGUCCCGCUGGCCCAUGGCGUGGACCCGCCCAUGCGCCCUGCCGAGGUCUACGCCGACGCCGAGAUCGACGACGACGCCUGGAUCCCGCCUCCGCAGCCCCGGUGGAUCACGGCGCUAACCACCAUCCCGUACACCGAUGUCAUUCUCAGCGGCAGCUGGGACGGCUGGGUCAGGGCGUGGAAGAUCAACAAGGAAGGGCGCAGGAUUGAGGCGUUGGGGACCGUUGGCCGUGAUCGGCAGCGGCAGCAGGACGGCGCGGAUGUCGACGGCGAUGCCGUCAUGACCAAUGGCGCAGCCGACGAUCUGCAGCCCGGGGUGGGGAACAUCAGGGGCGUGGUGAACGAUCUGUCGGUUUUCGAGAGGGGUGACAGGGGCAAGGACGGCAUCUGUGUUGUCGCGGCCGUCGCGAAGGAGCUUAAGUUGGGCAGAUGGAGAAAAUACCCCGGUAAGAACGCAGCCGUCGUUUUCGAGGUUAAAAGGAACGUUGGCGAGAUGGAAGAACACGGAGAGGGGGAGGAGGAGUAA